UCUCCUCUGGAUUGCUGCAGCGAACGCGCUGCAUCAGUGGAGAGAGAAACCUGCACGAGCGGACAACAGCCUCGGUGUCCCUGAACCGCACGAGCCCGGGAAGCAUCGCGCCACCCUUAUCGGCACCGGGUAUCCCCGUACAAUGUGAGGCUCUUCGCACGCAGUAUAUGACCCCUGCGACUGCGCUCGGAGCGUCCUGUGUCAACAACUACUUACUGUUCACACCCUGCUGCUGAUUGGUCAAUACAAAUUGACUGUUUUCUACACCCUGGAAUGAUUUGCCACAUCAGCAGAGAAAGAUCUCAUGUUUAGUUUUCCUUACUAAGAAAUACAUUGAGAUUCUGUGGCUGUUAAACUAGUUUUCAUUGGGGGAGUUAUCUUUGGGAGCACACCAUGGAUGAGAUCCACAGCGGUGACACCUCCCUAGUCCAGGGCGCCAGAGACAUCGCCAAGGAGGCCAAGCGCCAUGCCUCCAGAACGGUCGGCCGCAGUGUGGACCGCGCCUCCGACGAGUUCUCGCAGCACAACAACUACGACCGUUUCCAGGACGACGAGGCGAUGGACGACAACCGCCGGGCCUAUGCCCCAACCCCGCCCGGCCAGAGCGGCCGAGGCGCCGGCAACGAGGAAGACGAGGGGGCAUCCAGCGACGCCACGGAGGGACACGAUGAUGAGGACGAGAUCUACGAGGGGGAGUAUCAGGGCGUGCCCCCCGCCUACGGGGACGGGAAGCCCCGGGACGGGCGCGUGGCUCUGGGCCAGCCCGUACCUGAGAGCGCCAAAGACCGCAAGGAGCUGGAGAACGAGCGGCAGGCGGACGAGGAGGAGAUGGCCCAGCAGUACGAGCUCAUCAUGCAGGAGUGCGGCCACGGGAGGUUCCAGUGGCAGCUCUUCUUCGUGCUGGGCCUCGCGCUCAUGUCGGACGGCGUGGAGGUGUUCGUGGUCGGUUUCGUGCUGCCCAGCGCCGAGACCGACAUGUGCGUGCCCAACUCUGGGGCCGGGUGGCUAGGUAGUAUCGUGUACUUGGGGAUGAUGCUGGGAGCAUUCUUCUGGGGCGGCCUGUCAGAUAAGCUUGGCCGCAAGCAGUGCCUGUUAAUCGCCAUGUCUGUGAAUGGUUUCUUCGCCUUCCUGUCCUCCUUCGUCCAGGGCUACAGCAUGUUCCUGCUCUGUCGCAUGGUCUCAGGCUUUGGCAUUGGUGGCGCGGUGCCCAUCGUGUUCUCCUACUUUGCCGAGGUACUGGCUCGGGAGAAGAGGGGCGAGCACCUGAGCUGGCUCUGCAUGUUCUGGAUGAUAGGGGGGAUCUACGCCUCGGCCAUGGCCUGGGCCAUCAUCCCCCACUACGGGUGGAGUUUCAGCAUGGGUUCAGCCUACCAGUUCCACAGCUGGAGGGUGUUCGUUGUGGUGUGCGCUCUGCCCUGCGUCUCCGCUGUGGUGGCCCUCACUUUCAUGCCCGAGAGCCCACGUUUCUUCCUACAGAACGGCAAACACGACGAGGCCUGGAUGGUGCUCAAGCACAUCCACGACACCAACAUGCGCGCCCGCGGAGAGCCCGAGCGAGUGUUCACUGUGAACAGGAUCAAGGUCCCUAGGCAGCUGGACGAGCUGGUGGAGAUGCAGAGCGAGACGGCCAACCCUGUGGCCAAGGCCUUCAUGAAGGUUCGGGCCGAGAUCAGAGGACUGUGGAUGACCUUCAUGAGGUGCUUCAGUUACCCGGUGAGGGACAACACAGUGAAGCUGGCCGUGGUGUGGUUCACCCUGUCCUUUGGGUAUUAUGGACUGUCGGUGUGGUUCCCUGACGUCAUCAAACACCUCCAGGCGGAUGAGUAUGCCUCCAGGGUGAAGAUCCACAACGGAGAACGUACCGAGGACUUUACCUUCAACUUCACCCUGGAGAACCAGAUCCACAGGAACGGAGUGUUUCAAAAUGACAGGUUCAUCGCCAUGAGGUUCAAGGCGGUGACCUUCAUCGACUCUACCUUCGACAACUGUUAUUUUGAAGACGUCUCCUCCGUCGGCACCUCCUUCAAGAACUGUACCUUUAUAGAAUCCUUCUUUUAUAACACUGACAUCGAUGACUCCAAGCUCACCAACUCCCGUGUGAUCACCAGCUCCUUCCACCACAACAAGACGGGCUGCCAGAUGACGUUUGACGAUGACUACAGCGCCUACUGGGUCUACUUUGUAAACUUCCUGGGAACUCUGGCCGUGUUGCCUGGCAACAUCGUCUCUGCGCUGCUCAUGGACAAGAUUGGACGCCUCAGCAUGCUGGGGGGAUCCAUGGUGCUGUCAGGUAUCAGCUGUUUCUUCCUGUGGUUCGGCACCAGCGAGUCCAUGAUGAUCUUCAUGCUGUGUCUCUACAACGGACUCAGCAUCUCAGCAUGGAACUCUCUGGACGUCGUCACGGCGGAGAUCUACCCCACUGACAGGAGGGGAACUGGCUUCGGGUUCUGUAACGCCAUGUGCAAGCUGGCGGCGGUGCUGGGGAACCUGAUCUUCGGCUCCCUGGUGGGCGUUAGCAAGGCGGUGCCCAUCCUGCUGGCCUCGGCCGUGCUGGUGACCGGGGGCCUGGUGGGCCUCAGGCUCCCCGACACACGCCCCAAUGUCCUCAUGUGAAGGGGGGCGGUUGAUCUUGAAAUGGAUUUAGGGAUUUAUUUUAUUUGUUGGUUUUCCUUAUUUAAUUGUUUUUAUUAGUAAUUGCAUUUUUUUUUUUUUUUUUUUUUUUUUAUCUUUUAUUAAUGUUUUUAUUUAAUCUUGCUUAAGUCCAUUAUAUGAAAGUGCCAAAAUGCUCAAAAUCUGUUGUUAAAUCAGUAGCAGAUAUUAACCAGAAAAUAUGGAACAAUGAAAUAUAGUCACCGUUAUUUGCGGUCGCAAAUACACAGGGGCUCAUCGUUGUGUUUAUAUUAGGAGUUGUAUAAAUAUAUACAGUAAGUGAUCCUUAUUACAUCUUAUUUCUGGACAGUAUGGAUCAACAUGUUCGACGGUCCUCUGAAUUCUCCCUUUAGGUCUGGGUGAAGGUUUAUUUGGUGCUUAGAACUAGGGAUCUUCACAGCUCGGCAGGGCUGACCCUAUGGGGGUCAACCCUAUGGGGGUCAAGCCUAACCCUAUGGGGGUCCACAAUGAUCUUAUGGGAGUCAACCCUGCCCAUAGGCUGAGGGCCAUAGCCUCACCCAUAGGGCCUUUUUCUGUGAUGAGUCUAAUUAAAUUAUUUUUUAUAUCAAAGACCUUAUUAUACAAUGACAUAGGUCAUAUAAUUCCGAGGCAAAUUAACAAUUUGAAUUUGUACGUUGUUAAGGUUUCUUUGUUGAGUGUUGAGUUUCUGUCCGCCUGCUUGACUGCAUAAUGAGACAUUGACUAAAGACAUCCUCUCAUUUAAUACAGUCCCAACAGACUCUGCUGCAGAUGCAAAGUAAAACAACGUUUACACUUUCUCUAUUCCCCUGCUGAGGAACUUUUACACCUCACAACCCUUUCUGUCUGAAUGUUCUGUUCCUUCGUAUGUGUGUUUGUGUGGUAUGGCAAUUUGCUCAGUGUUAAGGGCUUCGCUUUUAACUAGUCUGGAUCUCUAUCCACAUUGGACAGCCUCCGUUUGACCUCUGAGCCCCCUGAGAAAAUCACCCUCUGUCUGGCUCCUCGCUCUCAAUCUCUCAAUCUCUCUAUCUCUCUAUCUCUCUCUCUCUCUCUCUCUCUCUCUCUCUAUCUAUCUAUCUAUCUCUCUAUCUAUCUAUCUAUCUAUCUAUCUAUCUAUCUAUCUAUCUAUCUAUCUAUCUAUCUAUCUAUCUAUCUAUCUAUCUAUCUAUCUAUCUAUCUAUCUAUCUAUCUAUCUAUCUAUCUAUCUAUCUAUCUAUCUAUCUAUCUAUCUAUCUAUCUAUCUAUCUAUCUAUCUAUCUAUCUAUCUAUCUAUCUAUCUAUCUAUCUAUCUAUCUAUCUAUCUAUCUAUCUAUCUAUCUAUCUAUCUAUAUCUCUUUCCCUCUAUGUCUGGGUGAGGGGAUCUUAAUGUCUCCCUCCAUGCUCUUUUUAGCUUCUCUUGUUGUUUCUGCUGCUCGGCUCCCUUGGAACUAAAAGGCCUUUCUUGAAGAAUCUCGCUUCAAGCAUGUCUCUCGCUCUUCAAAACCUAGCAGACUCUCUUUUUGUGUGCAUGUGUGUGUGCGUGUAUGUAUGACUUUGAGUGUGUGUCUACCAGUGAAGGUUAGUUUCUGUGUGUGUUUGUUUGUGUCAGUCCUUGUGGAUGCAUGACUACGCUUCUUGAAGCAGCAGGUGUCUGUGGUGUUGUGGCUGACUCAUCGCCUUCUACUGUUAAGGGCUUCAGAAACUCAUGCGCCCAAAAACAUUAUAUUGUGUAUGUUUUAUUUUCACUCUCAAACAUGCCACGUAUUUUAAGGGAUGGAAUGUGUCCAAGCAGUGACACUUUCCUCUCAUUUGGCCCCAAAGUGAAAGUAGCCCAACCUUGAGUGAAAUCAAAAGCCAUGCUUCCAACAUUGUUGGUUAUUAAUAUCCAUGCUUGAUGUUAUAAUAUUAACAGUAACGUUUUCAUUCUAAUAAGCAAAUAUGGCAUGGUUUUGGGGGGGGGCGGGGGGGGGGAAUUGAUUCUAAGUGGAUUGAGUUGCAUAUUUGUGCAACAUUUGUGCAACUCAGUAAAUGCCUUUAAAUCUGUGCUACAACUUUAAAUCGUACGUUUCAUGUUUUCAUUUCAUAUUUUUCCUGAACUUAAAAGACGAGCCGAACCUAUUAGGAUUCUUGUUUCCCGUUUCUGGUUGUAAUUUGUGUGUACAUUUUUCGUGUCUGCUUGUCCUUGAACUUCUCAGCCGCUGUGCCAUCAAGGCAACACUUAAUGUGCCAAGCCCAAUUGAUAUAUUGAUCCCUGUGGAAGAAAAAACAACCUGCAUGUUUGUUCCUCAAGGCAUUCUGUGGUUCUGUUGUUGUGUCCUCUGUUCUUUGGUUCCCUAAUAACUAUUCUUGUGUUGUUCUAUUUUUGUGUUUCGGUUUAUUGUGGACCGUGGGUUAAUUCUACUCUUGUUUUGAGUUCUGAAUAAGUGUGGACAUGGCAUGCUCUUUGUGAGGGGAGGGCUUUAUAUGCUCAAAGAGCCAAUCAGACUGGGGUAUUUUAAACCUCAGAGCUUCAUUGUCGAUAGAUUAUUGAUCACAACUUCCUGACGUCAAUGAUGAGCAUGUCUUACCUUGUGGUGUCAUGUUCACCCAUUUAGAAAACCAAAUAAAACAUGUCAAGAUCCUUAA